AUGAUUGCCAGAAGUAAUGACAGAAAUGAAUUAAACAGACUGGAGAUCAUGUAUAAAAUACUUGAGACCAAGGAAGAAGGAGAUGAUGCAGUCGGCAAGGAGGUUGAAGAUUGCAUAGAGGGAGAAGGAGAUGAUGCCGACGGUGGAGAGACAGAAGAGGGUAAAGGAGAUGAUGGAGAUGGUGGCGAUGCAAAAGAUGCAAAAGAGGAAGAAGGAAAUGAUGGAGGUGGCUGGGAGGAAGAAGAUGCAGAAGAGGGAGAAGGAGAUGAUGGAGAUGGCGAGGAGGCAGAAGAUGCAAAAGAGAAAGAAGGAGAUGAUGGAGAUGGCGGGCAGCCAGAAUAUGCAGAAGAAAGAGAAGAUGAUGGAUAUGGCAUGGAGUGA